GCAGUCGGCCGCAUUUGUCGCAAAAUCGAAACUAUAAACAAUUUGUUCAUUUAAUUUGCUUAAAGACUAGUAAAACGCCGAAAACAUGUCUCGCGGAAGUUCAGCCGGCUUUGACAGACACAUUACCAUCUUUUCGCCCGAGGGACGCCUCUACCAAGUCGAGUAUGCCUUUAAGGCCAUCUCACAGGAGAACAUCACCACGGUAGCCCUGAAGAGCGGCGAUUGUGCUGUGGUGGCUACCCAGAAGAAGGUUACAGAAAAGAACAUUGUCCCGGAAUCGGUGACACACUUGUUCCGCAUCACCAAGGAAAUUGGCUGCGCCAUGACUGGCCGUAUUGCGGACGCCCGCUCCCAGGUGCAAAAGGCCCGAUACGAGGCGGCCAAUUUCCGGUAUAAAUAUGGCUACGAAAUGCCGGUGGAUGUGCUGUGCCGUCGCAUUGCUGACAUCAACCAGGUGUACACGCAGAACGCCGAGAUGCGUCCGCUCGGCUGCAGCAUGGUGCUGAUUGCCUACGACGAUGAGAUUGGACCCUCUGUCUACAAGACGGACCCAGCUGGCUACUUCAGCGGGUUCAAGGCCUGCUCGGUGGGUGCCAAGGUGCUCGAGGCCAACAGCUACUUGGAAAAGAAGUACAAGAACAAUCUGUCUGAGGAGAAGGCAAUACAGUUGGCCAUCACCUGUCUUUCCACUGUCCUAGCCAUUGACUUUAAGCCCAAUGGUAUUGAGAUUGGAGUCGUCAGCAAGACCAAUCCAAGCUUCCGCACUCUGGACGAGAAGGAGAUCGAGGAGCAUCUGACCAAGAUCGCCGAGAAGGACUAAGUUCUACCCGCCAGUUGUAAUUUUUAAAAAUUUUCUAAAUACCCGCUAAAUGGAACCGUGUUAAAAUAUAAAAAUGCUCUGGGCUUGCAUUCAAAAACAAGGCAAA